CCGGAAAUGAACACGAAGAUAAAGGAGGGAUCCGCCAUUUCAGUAGCUACGAUGAGACCCACUUCUAGUAAACAUUGAAGGGGAGGGGGGGUGCAUCAUUUUAACACAUUUUUUUGCUAAAUAAGUAUUUAGUUAGCUAUCGGGUCACUCGUGAGCGAAGGUAAAAACGAGUCCUCUAAAGGUUAGCGGAAAGCAGGGAAAGGGGCGGAAGAUGGCGGUCGACAAACGAGAUGAGAAAGACGGAGAGCUCAACGUGCUGGAUGACAUCCUCACCGAGGCCCCGGACCAGGAUGAUGAGCUCUAUAACCCUGAGAGUGAACAGCACGUCAACCAGAAAAAAGGGUCUAAGAGGAAGAACAACCGAGGGGAUAACCACGUGCUGAAGCGUCUGCGACCCACGGCUCACACCACCGCCAGACAGGCUACUAAGAGAUCAGCCCCCUCGGCUGGGGCCAGCGGGAAAAAGCCAGUCAACUCCAGGAGGGGACGGCACCCCUCCGAGUACGAUACUGAUAGUUACUAUGAGGACAGGAAGACCCAUCCUAUAAGAGAUGGUGGGGUGCAGAGAGGGGAGCCUCCCAAAGCAGCCCACCCUGACAAGCCCCUUGGCCGCAGGAAGACCCAUCCUAUGAGAGAUGGUGGGGCGCAGAGAGGGGAGCCUCCCAAAGCAGCCCAUCCUGACAAGCCCCUGGGCCGCAGGAGAGAGCCAGACAGACACAGGAUCAUGCCUGAGCUCACCACCGAGAAGCAGAGUCCUCCCAGCGAGGAGGUCAGCCCCUCUAAGGAAGCAACAGAAGAAGAGGAGGCAUCAGACCAGGAGACGGGCAGCACGGCCGAGUCCUCCGAGGGACACCGAUCCAACAUGGAGGGAGAGGAAGAUGAAGAGGAGGGCGAGGAGGAAGAAUAUGAGGUGCAGGAAGUGGAUCAGAGAGCCAAGAAUGCUCCAAAUGAUUACGACAUUCGCAGUGAAGUCAGCGACUCCCAGUCUGAGUCUGUGUCCUUCUCUGAGGGGGAGUCUGUUCUCUCCGGCUCUGCCUCUGAGGCUUCAGGUUCUGAGAAAACGCAUGAGAAACUGUCGUCGUCGGUCCGCGCUGUCCGCAAGAACCAGAACAGCAAGCUGAAGUAUGUCAUACGAGACGCCCGUUUCUUCAUGAUCAAGAGCAACAACCACGAGAACGUGUCCCUGGCCAAGGCGAAGGGUGUGUGGUCCACUCUGCCUGUGAAUGAGAAGAAGCUGAAUGCCGCCUUCCGUUCCGAUCGCAGUGUCAUCCUGGUCUUCUCAGUCAAGGAGAGUGGCAAGUUCCAAGGUUUCGCCAGGCUGUCCUCUGAGUCUCAUCAUGGAGGGUCUCCCAUCCACUGGGUCCUGCCUGCUGGGAUGAACGCCAAGAUGCUGGGUGGGGUGUUCAAGAUCGACUGGAUCUGCAGACGGGAGUUGCCGUUCACUAAAACGGCUCACCUCUCCAACUCGUGGAACGAACACAAGCCUGUAAAGAUCGGCCGAGACGGACAGGAAAUGGAGCCAGAGUGUGGGAUGCAGCUGUGCGUGACGUUCCCCCAGGACGAGAGUAUUAACUUGUAUCAGGUUAUUCAUAAAAUGCGACACAAGAGGAGGACGCCUUCGGAGCCGCGCUCUCGAGGACGCCCGCCGCACAGAGAGCCAACCCGAGGCCACCUGGGAAGUUUGCCUAAUUCAUGUAGGGGUCGGCCAGAGGAAAAUGCCAUUCACAACAGGAAACGGCCGAGGAUUGAUUAUCCAGCAGAGUUCCCACAGAGACCAGGCUUUACACUGGACCCUCGCAACCCGCCAGCUGACCGGCGGUUCCCCACUGGAGUGAGGAGAGAUGUUUUUCUCAAUGGGUCCUACAAUGAUUACAUGAGAGAGUUCCACCACACCAUUGGGCAGCCUACUCCUUGGCAAGGAAUGGCACAGUACCCUGGGAUGGAGCAGCAACCUCCCCACCCGUUCUACCAGCACCAUCCUCCUCCUCCCCAGUCACACCCACCCUAUGCUGGGCAACACCCUGUACCACACGACGCCCGCUUCAGAGAACCUGUACCACACGACGCCCGCUUCAGAGAACCUGUACCACACGACGCCCGCUUCAGAGAGAAGAGACUUGUCCGCUCCUAUAGCUCCAGUGUGCAUGACUAUGAUAUGCGCGUGGAUGACUUCCUGAGACGGACCCAGGCCGUGGUGACCAGUCGCCGCAGCCGUCCACGGGAACGAGACAGGCAAAGGGAGCGAGAACGGCCCAGAGAUGCCCGCCGGGACCGAGAUCGUGGACGCGACCGGGAGAGAGACCGGAUCAGGGACAGGGAGAAGGAGAGGGGGCACUACAGGAGAUAAUCAGGGACUAAAAUCAAACAGCAAGUCCUCUGCAGUAGUUUAUUUUACCACGUUCCCCUUUUUAUAAAUAAGCUGUGUCUUUUUAAGUGAUUGUGUACUCUUUUUACGUUAUGUUGUCAAGUCAUCCGCUCAUGUGUAUCAUAAAUGCAGUGUAACUGAACAAAGGCAAUAACAGGAGAAAGUGGUUUGGUCAAACUAUUGCAGAUGUUUAUGUUAGUUUGUUUCGUUUCUUCCUGAGACCCAGACAGACAGUAAUGACUUUGUAAAUGUUUUUCAUUGCCACAUUGUCUUUUUAUGUUGUUCAUAAUUGUACCUGGUUCACAUGAAGAUAUUGCUACUUGAAGGGGUAUAAUUGAGUUGUACUGAAUCUGUUGUAGUAAGUCCCUUUUUUGUUUUCCUGGUCUUUUUUAGUUUCAAGCCGUUGCAUUUCUAGUGUUUUUAACCGGUCCAGAAGCAAAAAAAAACAAUAUCAUCUGUCUAAAUCUUGAUUUUCUGAAGUUUAAAUCCAGACUCUAAUCAGUGCUGUAAGGCGAUGAGAGAAUGUUUGCUUGGGGGGGGGGGGUGUAUAAUGUUUUGAAGGUCUGUUUUGUACAACAAAAAUACUGUGUAUUUUACUACUGUCGUCUUGUUGAUAAGUAAAAGACUGGUCUGGAUUGAUUCACCUUUAUAGAAACUGUUUUUACUCAGAACUGAGUAUAUUUUUUAAGGCAUUCAAACCUUUAUGAAACCAGUCAUAACACCUUUGUGUGUUGAAGUAUAAUAAAAAGCUUUACAUCACGUUGAA